AUGCCUCCGGAGCAUCUGCGCAAGAUCGUGAGGGACAUUGGAGAUGUGUCGCAGAAGAAGUUCAGCGCGGAUAAGCGAAGCUACCUGGGUGCGCUGAAGUUCAUGCCACAUGCAGUGCUCAAACUACUAGAGAACAUGCCUAUGCCGUGGGAGAGCAGCAGAGAAGUCAAGGUGCUAUAUCACGUCAAUGGCUGCUUGACGCUGGUCAACGAGGUGCCUAGAGUCAUCGAGCCUGUCUUCCACGCGCAGUGGGCGACGAUGUGGGUUGUCAUGCGAAGAGAGAAGAGUGAUCGACGACACUUCAAGCGCAUGCGAUUCCCACCUUUCGAUGAUGAGGAGCCGCCACUGUCUUGGAGCGAGAACAUCGAGGAUGUGGAACCUCUGGAGCCAAUCCAGAUGGAGCUCGAUGAGAAUGAGGAUGAGCCUGUUUAUGAGUGGUUCUACGACCAUCGACCGCUCUCAGAUUCUAGCCACGUCAACGGACCGAGUUAUAAGGAGUGGAACUUGUCGCUAACACAGAUGGCCACACUGCACCGAUUGAGUAAUCCGCUGCUUUCAGACACGACGGACAAGAACUAUUUCCACCUCUUCGAUAUGCCGGCAUUUGCCACUGCGAAGGCGUUAAAUGUGGCCAUUCCAGGUGGACCACGGUUCGAACCUUUGUAUAAGGACAUCGACCCGAAUGAUGAAGACUUUGGCGAAUUCAACGCGAUCGAUCGUAUCAUCUUCCGCGCGCCCAUCAGAACCGAAUACCGAGUCGCGUUCCCAUACCUCUACAACAGCUUGCCACGUAGCGUCAAGUUGGGGAUCUACAGCUACCCACAGACUGUCUACGUCAAGACUGAGGAUCCCAACCUUCCUCCCUUCUACUUCGAUCCGGUCAUCAACCCGAUCUCCUCGCGAUCGGUAGCACCAAAGAACCUCACGAUCAGCCACGAAGACGAAAUCUUCGGCCCUGGCAACAAUGAAGAGUCCGAUGAAGAGGAUGGUGGCUUCAGUCUCCCUGGAGAGGUCGAGCCAUUCUUGGAUGACCACGACUUAUACAAUGAUGACACAGCGUCCGCGAUCGCCCUUUGGUGGGCUCCAUACCCCUUCGAUCGCAGAUCAGGCAAGAUGGUGCGCGCACAAGAUGUGCCGUUGGUGAAGCAGUGGUACUUGGAGCAUGUACCGCAAGGCCAGCCCGUGAAGGUGAGAGUGUCUUAUCAAAAGCUGCUUAAAACCUACGUUCUCAACGAGCUGCACAAGAAGCCACCAAAGGCGCAGAACAAGCAAAAUCUUUGCCGAAGUCUGAAGUCCACAAAGUUCUUCCAGCAGACCACAAUCGAUUGGGUCGAAGCUGGUCUACAAGUGUGCCGGCAAGGUUUCAACAUGCUGAACCUACUCAUCCAUCGCAAGAACUUGACAUACCUGCAUCUUGAUUACAACUUCAAUCUGAAGCCUGUCAAGACGCUAACCACCAAGGAACGGAAGAAGAGUAGAUUCGGAAAUGCAUUCCACCUGAUGCGUGAGAUCCUGCGUUUGACCAAACUCAUCGUUGAUGCGCAAGUGCAAUACCGUCUCGGCAAUAUAGACGCUUUCCAGCUGGCGGACGGCAUUCUCUAUGCGUUCAACCACGUUGGACAGCUCACCGGCAUGUACCGAUACAAGUACAAGCUUAUGCACCAGAUCCGAUCAUGCAAGGACUUGAAGCACUUGAUUUAUUAUCGCUUCAAUUCUGGCCCAGUUGGUAAGGGUCCUGGUUGCGGUUUCUGGGCUCCGGCGUGGCGAGUGUGGCUCUUUUUCUUGCGUGGAAUUAUUCCUCUCCUGGAGCGAUGGCUUGGCAACUUGCUUAGCAGGCAGUUCGAGGGUCGUCACAGCAAGGGUGUUGCAAAGACUGUCACCAAACAGCGUGUGGAAUCUCAUUUCGAUCUCGAACUUCGCGCCUCGGUGAUGGCCGAGCUCAUGGACAUGAUGCCAGAGGGUAUCAAACAGAGUAAGGUCAACACCGUGCUUCAACAUCUCAGCGAAGCGUGGCGAUGUUGGAAGUCAAACAUCCCAUGGAAGGUGCCUGGCCUGCCAAAGCCCAUUGAGGAUAUCAUUCUUCGUUACGUCAAGUCAAAGGCAGACUGGUGGGUGUCUGUAGCGCAUUACAACCGAGAACGUAUAAGACGUGGUGCCACUGUCGAUAAGACUGUCGCCAAGAAGAAUCUUGGUCGUCUCACUCGAUUGUGGCUGAAGGCCGAGCAGGAGCGACAGCACAACUACCUCAAGGAUGGUCCUUAUGUCAGCACGGAAGAGGGUGUUGCCAUCUUCACCACUGCUGUACACUGGCUCGAGAGCCGCAAGUUCCAACCGAUUCCUUUCCCAUCAGUUAGCUACAAGCACGACACGAAGAUCCUCAUUCUGGCGCUCGAGAGAUUGAGGGAAGCAUAUUCAGUAAAGGGUCGCCUGAACCAAAGCCAGCGUGAAGAGCUUGCGCUUAUCGAGCAGGCUUACGACAGCCCUGGUACAACGCUGGCCAGAAUCAAGCGUUUCUUGCUAACACAGCGGUCUUUCAAGGAAGUCGGCAUCGACAUGAAUGACAAUUACAGCUCUAUCAACCCGGUAUAUGACAUUGAGCCUAUCGAGAAGAUCACCGAUGCAUACCUUGAUCAAUAUCUUUGGUACCAGGCUGAUCAGCGACGGCUCUUCCCAGCCUGGAUCAAGCCCUCCGAUUCCGAGGUUCCGCCACUUCUUACUUAUAAGUGGGCGCAAGGCAUCAACAACCUGUCUAAUGUCUGGAGUGUGGACGAAGGUGAGUGCAACGUCAUGCUUGAGACCAGACUAGACAAGGUGUACGAGAAGAUGGACAUCACUCUCCUCAACCGUCUCCUCCGUCUGAUCAUGGACCACAACUUGGCAGAUUAUAUCUCGUCCAAGAACAAUGUGCAGCUCAACUACAAGGACAUGAACCAUACCAACAGUUAUGGUAUGAUUCGUGGCCUGCAAUUCAGUGCCUUUGUGUUCCAGUACUAUGGCUUGAUCAUCGAUCUGCUACUGCUGGGCUUGCAGCGAGCUUCAGAAAUGGCUGGGCCACCAAACGCACCGAAUGACUUCUUGCAAUUCCGAGAUCGCGCAACCGAGAGUCGCCAUCCUAUCCGCCUCUAUACUCGAUACAUCGACAAGAUUUGGAUUUUCUUCCGCUUUACUGCCGAUGAGUCAAGAGAUCUCAUUCAGCGCUUCUUGACUGAGCAACCCGACCCCAACUUCGAGAAUGUCAUUGGCUACAAAAACAAGAAGUGCUGGCCUCGCGACUCUCGUAUGCGCCUGAUGAGGCAUGAUGUCAAUCUCGGCCGUGCUGUCUUUUGGGAUAUGAAGAAUCGGCUUCCGCGUUCCAUCACCACCAUUGAAUGGGACGACACUUUCGCCAGCGUAUACAGCCGAGACAACCCGAACCUACUCUUCGCAAUGAAUGGCUUCGAGGUCCGCAUUCUGCCUAAGAUUCGCAAUAUGAACGAUGAGUUCCCCACCAAGGACUCUGUUUGGGCGCUGGUUGACAACCAGACCAAGGAGCGUACUGCGCAUGCCUUCCUUCAGGUCACUGCAGAGGACAUUGCGAAGUUCAACAAUCGCAUUCGCCAGAUCUUGAUGAGCUCUGGAAGCACAACCUUCACUAAGAUCGCAAACAAGUGGAACACGACACUGAUCGCUCUCUUCACAUAUUACCGUGAGGCUGCUGUGAGUACCGUCGAGCUGCUUGACACUAUCGUCAAGUGCGAGACAAAGAUUCAGACUCGUGUCAAAAUCGGGUUGAACUCCAAGAUGCCUUCGAGGUUCCCACCGGCUGUGUUCUAUACACCAAAGGAGCUGGGUGGAUUGGGUAUGAUCUCGGGAUCUCACAUCCUCAUUCCAGCCUCGGACAAGAGAUGGAGCAAGCAGACCGACAGUGGUGUCAGCCACUUCCGUGCUGGUAUGAGCCAUGAUGAGGAGACUCUUAUUCCCAACAUUUUCCGAUACAUCAUUCCGUGGGAGUCAGAGUUCACUGAUUCUCAGCGCGUUUGGACGGAAUAUUCACAAAAGCGACUCGAAGCUAACCAGCAAAAUCGUCGACUGACUCUUGAGGAUCUUGAGGACUCCUGGGAUCGUGGUCUGCCUCGUAUCAACACUCUUUUCCAGAAGGACCGUUCCACAUUGUCCUUUGAUAAGGGUUUCCGCGCGCGUACUGAAUUCAAGCUGUAUCAGCACAUGAAGAGCAAUCCGUUCUGGUGGACAUCUCAACGACAUGAUGGCAAGCUUUGGAAUUUGAACGCGUACCGUACCGAUGUUAUCCAAGCACUUGGAGGUGUCGAGACCAUCCUUGAGCAUACACUCUUCAAAGCUACAGCCUUCGCGAGUUGGGAAGGCCUGUUUUGGGAAAAAGCAUCGGGCUUCGAAGAGUCCAUGAAGUACAAGAAGCUGACAAACGCCCAACGAUCUGGUCUCAAUCAGAUUCCUAACCGUCGCUUUACCCUCUGGUGGAGCCCUACAAUCAAUCGAGCCAACGUCUACGUUGGUUUCCAGGUGCAGCUUGAUCUUACAGGUAUCUUCUUGCACGGAAAGAUCCCAACACUCAAGAUCUCUCUCAUCCAGAUCUUCCGAGCUCAUUUGUGGCAGAAGAUCCAUGAGUCCGUGGUCAUGGAUCUGUGUCAGGUUUUCGACCAGGAACUGGACGCACUUGGCAUUGAAACCGUUCAGAAGGAAACAAUCCAUCCCCGAAAGUCGUACAAGAUGAAUUCGUCUUGCGCCGACAUCUUGCUGUUCGCUUCGCACAAGUGGAGCGUCAGCAACCCAAGUCUGUUGUACGACACAAAAGACAACAUGGGCCUGACUACUACAAACAAGUUCUGGAUUGACGUCCAACUGCGGUACGGAGACUACGACUCACACGACAUCGAACGAUACGUGCGUGCGAAGUACCUCGACUAUACAACAGACAGCAUGUCGAUCUACCCAUCUGCCACCGGUCUCAUGGUGGGUAUUGACUUGGCUUACAACCUUUACUCGGCAUACGGUCAGUACUUCCCAGGCCUCAAGCAGCUCGUGCAGCAAGCGAUGGCCAAGAUCAUGAAGGCCAAUCCUGCGCUCUACGUCUUGCGUGAGCGUAUUCGAAAGGGUUUGCAGCUCUAUGCUUCUGAGAGCAACCAGGAGUUCCUCAACUCGCAGAACUAUUCCGAGCUGUUCAGCAAUCAGAUCCAGCUUUUCAUUGAUGACACUAACGUUUACCGUGUGACUAUUCACAAGACGUUCGAGGGCAACUUGACAACCAAGCCGAUCAAUGGAGCCAUCUUCAUUUUCAACCCAAGAACAGGUCAGCUCUUCUUGAAGAUCAUCCACACCAGUGUCUGGGCAGGACAGAAGCGUCUCGGUCAGCUUGCCAAAUGGAAGACAGCAGAAGAAGUUGCAGCCCUUAUCCGAUCUCUGCCUGUCGAGGAGCAACCGAAGCAGCUCAUUGUCACCAGAAAGGGUCUGCUCGAUCCUCUUGAGGUACAUCUGCUUGACUUCCCGAACAUCAGCAUCCGAGCUUCGGAACUCCAGCUGCCGUUCCAGGCCGCCAUGAAGGUCGAGAAACUGGGAGACAUGAUUCUGCGUGCCACCGAGCCGCAGAUGGUGCUCUUCAACCUGUACGACGAAUGGCUGAAGAGCAUUUCGUCAUACACAGCAUUCUCGCGUCUCAUCUUGAUCCUGCGUGCGCUGCACGUCAACCAAGACAAGACCAAGCUGUUGUUACGGCCAGACAAGACUGUCAUUACACAGGAGCACCACAUCUGGCCGACUCUAUCCGACGAUGACUGGGUCAAGGUCGAAGUGCAGCUACGUGAUCUGAUCCUGAAUGACUAUGGCAAGAAGAACAACGUCAACACAUCUUCGCUUACCAACAGCGAGAUUCGAGACAUCAUCUUGGGUAUGGAGAUCAGUGCGCCCAGCAUGCAGAGACAGCAGGCCGCCGAGAUCGAGAAGCAACAAGAACAGGAACAGCUUACUGCUGUCACAACCAAGACACAGAAUGUGGCUGGCGAGGAAAUGAUCGUCACAACCACAUCUGCUUAUGAGCAGCAGAGCUUUGCCUCGAAGACUGAAUGGCGAACACGAGCCAUCGCUACCUCCAAUCUCCGGACGAGAGCCAACAAUAUCUAUAUCUCGUCUGAGGACAUCCGGGACGACGAGCAUCACUUCACCUACGUCAUGCCAAAGAACAUUCUCAAGCGAUUCAUCGCCAUCUCCGAUCUGCGCGUGCAAGUGGCUGGCUACCUCUACGGUACUUCGCCACCAGACAACAAACAGGUGAAAGAGAUCAAGUCGAUCGUCAUGGUACCCCAAGUAGGCUCAACUCGAGACAUCCAGCUGCCACGCAACCUGCCAGAGAACGAAAUGCUCCGUGGCCUCGAGCCACUUGGCAUCAUUCACACUACUGCUGGCAACGAGACAAACUACAUGACUGCCCAAGACGUCACCCAACACGCCAAGCUCAUGGCUGCGCACCCGUCCUGGGAUCGCAAGACCGUCACGAUGACAGUCAACUUCACGCCAGGCUCCGUUUCCCUUUCAGCAUGGUCACUGACACCUCAAGGCUAUCAGUGGGGCGCUGAAAACAAGGACCUUGGCAGCGACCAACCAGCUGGCUUCCAGACUAGCUUUGGCGAGAAGAGUCAGCUUCUUCUUUCUGACAAGAUCAGGGGAUACUUCUUGGUGCCCGAAGACGAGAGAUGGAACUGGUCCUUCUUGGGAAGCGGCUUCGGCGACCGUGAAAAGGGACGAGUUUACGUCAAUGUUGGUGUACCGAGACGAUUCUAUGAUGAUGUUCAUCGCCCUAUCCACUUCCAGAACUUUGCGGAAUUGGAGGACGUAUGGGUGGACAGGAGCGAUAAUUUGGCUUAGGUCUGGGAAGAAGGAGCUCGUGACGCAUCAGCGAAUGGAGUUCAGGCGCGGGUAUGCGAGGUGGAAAAGGCAGACUUGUGUUUGUAUUGCAUGCAUGAUGAGAUGCAGCAUUGUAACUAUGCGAAAGAGGCACGAUGUGUUAUACCUG